CCAGCCUCUCUGGCCUCUCCAGCUCCACCACUCCUAGUAAGGCCAGUGGGAAGAAAGAUCCACCUCCCAAUCAGAGGAGCCCUGACAUUGGCACAGGCACACCCCAUAAACGGGGACCAAGGACCCCCUCGCCCAGUCCCACAACUCCCCCUCUCUCUGCCUCCUCCACAGGGCUAGGCUCAGGCAUUCAGAGGUCAGAGAUGAAGCCCAGCAGGGCCUCAGAGCCUCAGACCCAACCCAGCUCUCCUACUGUCAACAACAACAGACCUACUGGCAACAAGCCAGAGCUGCAGCCUCACGGACACAAACAGACAGAGAGGAAACAUAAGGAAAGGAGAGCAGAAAGAGGCAAGGAGGGAAAGAGGGAACAGAAGAGGAAGACGGAGAGGAAAAGGAGAAAGGAGAAAGAAGAGAAAAGUGGGGAUGGGGUGAAGAAUAAAACCCAUAAAGGAGAAGAGGUGAGGGACAAAGUGGAAAGAAAAAAGCAAGAAGAAGAGAGGAAGACAGAGAAAAGGGAUAAAAAGCUGGAAAAAGCAGAGAGGGGAUCCUCAAAGUCCCCACAUAGAUCAUCCCUCGCUCCGUCAGUAUGGCCUUCCUCCCCUAAGUCUGGAUCUAAGGUUCCAGGGAAGCCAGGAAAGCCAGGCCAACCCUCCCAGACACCAUCCACCCCUGGUAAACACAUACACAGGGAGAAUGCCCAAGAAAGAGGUGGAAAGCCCCAUGACCACAGCUCUCCAAAUACCUCAGAGACAAUCCCACUUGCUGGCCCGCCUGCAGCCCGUCCCAGCCGACCCACACCCUCACCACAUCCAUCCAAACACAAAAAGUCAGAGAGGGGAGGGACCCUGAACAAGUCAAACCCAACUCAACCCAAAUUCCCUGUCAAGGACUCACCACUGCCAGCCUGUCUUCCACCCACCACCACCCACAAUACCACCACCAACAACAACGUCAGCACCAACAUGACCAAUAAGGCCAGUAAUACCAGUCCCCAGCCCACCAGUCCUCCAACACCUUCUAAAUGCAGCCCAGGGAGGAAGGCUGAUUUGACCCCCUCCACACUCUCAUCCAAAACCCCAACAGCUCCCACUGUGGCUGGGUCAGCGGGGUCCAUCCAGAGCCAUACAGAGACAUUGGGUGUUAGUCCAGAAGGCGGGGUCCUGCGGGCCCCAGAUCUCCAACCUGCGGCAGGGGUGGGCAGUGUGGAGGAGCUGGGAGACAACCCCCCCGCCAGUCCCCCUGUUCUCAGCUGGCAAGGCUCCCCAGCAUCAGCCCUGAGUGAGGAAGAGGAAGAGGAGGGAGGAGUGAUGAGGAGACCUGUCCUGCAGCCCAGCCCCACCCACGGCCCGCCCCUCUCACCCCCUCAUGGGAACUCAGAGGGGCUCAAUGAGAAGGCCGAGGGGGUCAGUGAGGGGAGGGGUGCUGAUGACCUUCGCCAUAGUGACCUGGCCAAGCUCUAUGGCUUGCCUGAUACUCCCAAUGGAGUGGAGGAAGAGGAGGAGGAAGAAGAGGAGGAUAGUGGUGGAGACACAUCGUCCAGCUCUCUGCCUCCCCGUCGGCCACACCUCCACCAGACAGGAGUGGCUGAUGUCUUCAAAUCGUUGGCCUCAUUCCUGGGGGGCCAGAGGUACACAUAUCGGGGCGGUCCGUUUGGGCGUCCUCCUCCUAGCUCCAUGGGAGGAGUGAAGUACUCUUCAUCCCUCGCCAUGGACCCGGAAACCAAUUGUCAGGACCAGCAAAACCCCUCCCCCACAUCCAACUCCACCACGCCUCCAAGACGCACUAGCCAAUCACCCACUCACACUACCUCAGAUCCGCCUUCCAAACCCCGCCCUCCCUUAAACCUCGACCAACCACAGCUCUCCGUGGGGGAGCGCACGAAACAGAAGCACGCGAGAUUGGAGGAGAUUCUGAAUGAGAAAAAGAAAGGGAAGACUAAGCGUGUAGACAGUGGGGAGACGGCCGGGUCUCUGAGCGCUGAGCUUAGACUGACCACCACACAUCGGCUGCCUGCCACCACCAAGGAGGAGCGGGGACAGAGGGAGGUACGCAGGCAGACAGACAGAAAGAGGGAACAAAGCGGUGCGGAUGGAAACAGGGACGGGGAAGGGAAGAGCAAGAGAAGAAAACAAGAUAACAGCAUCAGCAGUCAUCAGAGGAGUGGAGGCAAUGAAAAGAAGAAGGUGGAAGAAAAGAGUGACAGAAAAUCAGCCUCCUCCAUUACGCUGUUCUCAUCUACACCUCACCCCAGUCACCCAGCCAAGCAGCUCAAAGACACUAAGAAGAGCCGUCCCAUUCAGGGGAACCUUGGUCUCCAGAGCAAAGACAUCCAGGGACAGAAAGACAAGACGCACACAGGAAACACUGAGCAGGGGGCACAAUCAAAAGAGACGAAGGAGGAGAGAGGCAGUGAGCCUGAAACCAAGACGUCCACACCAGGCAGCAACACAGACACAGUGGCAACAGCACCCACCACCAGCAUUAUCAACACCUCCUCCACUGCUACCACCUCCCCUUCUCCCACCCCGGCCCCCUCUGCUGCCGCAGUGAUGAGGACCCUCUGUCCCCUGGCUGCUGCUGACUUCCUCAAGCUGAAGGCUCUGUCCAUUGGCCCUCCCAAGGAGCUGAAGAUCCGUCUGAUCAAGGUGGAGAGUGGAGUCCGAGAGACGUUCAUCGCCUCCGAGGUGGAGGAGCGCAGGAUCCCUCUAGGAGAGGUCAGCAUCAGACACACAGCCAGCGAGGUCGUCAGGUCCUGCAAGGGGGCGAAGGUGAAGGGGAAGUUUCGGGAGUCCUAUCUGCUCCCUGCUUUCUCUGUCAAGCCUGUCCUUAGCACCGACACACCAAUCCCACGAGAGAAGCUCAACCCCCCCACACCAAGCAUCUAUUUGGAGAGUAAGAGAGAUGCCUUCUCCCCAGUCCUCCUCCAAUUCUGUACCGACCCCAAGAACCCUGUCACUGUCAUCAGAGGCCUGGCUGGAUCCCUACGACUCAACCUGGGUCUGUUCUCCACUAAGUCUCUGGUGGAGGCCAAUGCAGAGCACGCUGUGGAGGUGAGGACCCAGGUGCAGCAGCCUGCUGAUGAGAACUGGGACGCCACUGGUUCAGCUCAGACCUGGCCCUGCGAGAGCAGCCGCUCACACACCACCAUCGCCAAGUACGCCGCAUACCAGGCCUCCAGCUUCCAGGAGAGCCUCCAGGAAGAGAAGGACAGUGAGGAUGAGGAUGAGGAAGAACAAGAAGAGAAACAGACUCUGCCCUCUGACCCAUCAACCAACCCUGCAUCUGGCACCAGCAAACCCAGCCCAUCUGUGGUUACUAGCAAAGCAACUCCUACAACAGUUGCUAGUAAAGCCAACUCUACCACAGUUGCUGGCAAAGUUGGCCCUACCCCUAUUGCUAACACACUCAGGCCGGAGGCGAAAUCAACUGGAAAGAUUAUCAAAUUCGGCACCAACAUCGACAUCUCUGAUCCUAAGAGGUGGAAGCCCCAGCUGCAGGAGCUGCUGAAGCUACCAGCCUUUAUGCGUGUGGAGUCCAAUGGGAACAUGCUGAGCCAUGUGGGACACACCAUCCUGGGCAUGAACACCGUCCAGCUCUACAUGAAGGUCCCCGGCAGCCGUACACCUGGCCACCAGGAGAAUAAUAACUUCUGCUCUGUGAACAUCAACAUUGGGCCGGGGGAUUGUGAGUGGUUCGCAGUCCAUGAACACUACUGGGAGCACAUCAACAAUUUCUGUGAGAAGCAUGGAGUAGACUACCUGACUGGGUCCUGGUGGCCUGUUCUGGAGGACCUGUAUCGCUCCAACAUCCCAGUGUACCGCUUCAUCCAGAGACCAGGGGACCUGGUGUGGAUCAACGCAGGGUCCGUCCACUGGGUGCAGGCUGUGGGCUGGUGCAACAACAUCGCCUGGAACGUGGGACCUCUCAACUCAUACCAGUAUCAGCUGGCUCUGGAGCGCUUUGAGUGGAAUGAGAUCAAGAAGGUCAAGUCCAUCGUUCCCAUGAUCCAUGUCUCCUGGAACGUAGCCCGCACUAUCAAGAUCACCGACCAAGAAACCUACAAGAUGGUCAAACAUUGUCUCCUGCAGUCCAUUAAGCACAUUCAGAUUCUGAGAGACCAGCUGGUUGCUGCAGGGAAGAAAAUCUCUUAUCAGAGUCGUGUGAAGGACGAACCAGCCUACUACUGCAACGAGUGUGACGUGGAGGUGUUUGACCUGCUGUUUGUAACUAGUGAGUCUGGCAGCAGGAAGACCUACAUGGUGCACUGUGAGGACUGUGCCCGGACUGUGUCCAAGAGCCCCUCGCUGGCAGGAGUAGUGGUGCUGGAGCAGUACUGCAUGGAGGAGCUGAUGAGAACCUAUGACAGCAUCUGUGUGACUCCAUCACCCUGCUCCAAGUGAGGCAUCCUCCCUGUUGUCUAGCAGCCAUAACCAAAGCUCCUACUCAGUGGCAGCACAGACGUUGUCUUCAAGGAAUAUUACUACUGCUAACACUUGGUGAACAGCCAACCAUGUUUACUCAGUAUUGUUUACAUCACAAUAAGAUAUCGGCCAUCAGUCAAUUGAAUUCCAACUCACUGUUGUCUUCCCCUCCUACCAGCUGCUGAUUGGACUUGAGUCUUGAGAUAGAAUGACUAGACUGGUACUACUACUUGUUAAAAACAUGUCAGACAACUACAGAAAAUGUGAACAUUGUUAGCACUGGAAAUCAUGUCUUAUUUAAAACGGACACUGCUGUGAUUCAAAAGCGUCAAGUAGCCGGUAUAUGGUGCAUUAAUUCAGGUACUUUUAUGCAAAUCCAAUGGAACUUUUUUACACCAAUCUAGUUAUUCUAUGUCCAUGAAUUUACCGUGUUGCUACGGUAGCAGCAGGGGAAUUGCUUCACAAGCAAAGUAGCUGAUAGUCUCAAUGAAAUCCCAUUGUUUUGGUUUGGUUUUCUAUUCAGGUGAACUCUGACAUUUGUCAUUCCUGUCUGUAUACUCUUUGGGGGCUAUUUCCAUUGUAUUUCCAUUAUUCUGACCUAGAUAUUUCAAAAGUUUUACCAGCCUAGAAGUACACCACAUUGGCCUUGUGAACUGUAUUUAGAUGAAAGGAAAUUAGAAAAUCAAACAUGCAGACACAACUUUCUAAAGCAUUAGGAAUAUUAAUUUAAGAAAUUGUUUAAAUUUCUCUGAAAUACGGGUUAACUAGAACUAGAGGACUAAUCUGCUUUCACUCUUUGUUGGAAAUCUAGUGUGUUUUAUUGUGAUUUUAAUUUUUGCAUAAAAAUCCUAAAUAAUGUUUGGUAGAGAGAGAUGUGAUUGCUACAAUACGCCCUAAAGAAGAUCCUCUUCCUUUACCUUUUUCUUUUGAUAAUGGGAUCCUUCUCCCUGUUUUAUACCUCUUUUUUGGUUGAUAUCUCCUUAUUUUCUGGAUUACAGAGAAAAUUAAGAAUUGUAAAUUGUGACUUUAUUUAUACUUGUAUAUGUUUGUUUUCUUAAAUGUAUUUAUUGCAUAUUGAUGGUGCUUCUCUGGGGACACCAGAUAUUUUUAAGGUUUCCUAUUGUGUGUGGACGGGGAAGAGCAAACAGGGGGAGGUUGGAUUUUCAUGGUGCUCAACCCCCUCUUACCUCGCCACCUCCUCAUUAACUGUGUAUAAAUGAUCUAUGAAUAUAAGUCAAUGAAUAUAACUUAAACCGACAGGUUGGUGCUUAGAACCGCUUCAUUACAAUUACCGGUAAACAAAUAGAAUGAUGUCUUUGUACUGUAUCUAACUGAUAAACACAAUACCUUUUUCAACUUUUUUGCAUUGUACGAAAUUCAUAAAAUUGUGAAGCAUUUGUGAUUAGCAGUAGUUGUAGUUUUAGCCACAUUUAAAAGAGACUGACGUGUAGUGAGGUUUGGGUUCCUUCAGUGUUCUGUCCUCAUGAGGAUCAUUUCAAGGUUGUUGUCUGCUCCUCAUCCACUGACUCUUUUUAUUUAAGCUGUGCUGUUUUAAAACAAAAUAAAAUAUAUCUCACAUAGAAGAGAACAUGAGCCAGACCUGUCUUAAACACUCUGUGAUUUUUCUGUGACAUUAUUGUGAGUAUUAUUGAUACAAUAAAAUGUUUUGAGAAAUU